GAAAAGUGGUCGAUGAUCCAGACUCCCUCCGUGAAGUGUUGAUUCAGACUGGCGCCAAAGAUUGCACCUUCUUCCUCUACAGCAUCAUUUGCACUCACUUGAAGAUGCACAAGAAGAGGUCAGUGGCUGUGGUUCUGGCGUUGUGCUAUUUGCUGGAUUGGACGGCCACGUACUACUUCCCUUCAGUCUUUGGAGUGUACGCUCAAGCUUCAUAUGAGCCUCCUCGAUCUUGGAAGAAGGCUUGGAUGGAACCGAUUGUGGACUCAUGGCGUGUAGUUGAAGAUCUUCUUCAGGAGGAGGAUGAUGACAAGGCCAAGGCCGAGGCCCCUGCAUCUUCCUCAAAGGUGCCUGAGGCUGAGGCAUCGACUCCGCCUUGGCGUAAGGAUGAAUCCAUGGCCGUUGAGGAGAACCUACCGCCACCUACCAAG